GAGUUUCAAAUGGUAAGCGGAAGUUCGUCCUGAUUGUUGCUUGCGCAACCGUGUAAUGAAUUCAAGUUACAUAUUUCAGCGUCUGCAAAAUCGUCUAUCGUCCAAAGUUGGCAAUGAUUUAUUUAUCAAACCUCAUCUUACAACUCUUGCUGUUUAUCUUAUUUUUGUUGUGCAUUCUGUUACUUCUAUUUAGUCUAUACAUUUUGUACCUUCGUCGUAUAAAAUAUGGCCAUUUACCAGGCCCAAAAGUCAGCUCAUUUUUUAAAGGCAAUUUUCCAGACAUAAGGAAGGCGUUGUCCAAAGGUUGCUCAUCUUUUGAAUUCAUAUUGGAUUGUCAUAUAAAAUACGGUGAUAUCGUCGUAAUAUGGUUGUUUUUUCUGCCCUGGGUGAACGUGGCAGAUCCUUACACUAUCAAGGCAAUCCUUUUGGUACAAAAAUUUCCAAAAGAUCCACGAUUUUACCGGGAAUGUUUGGAGACACUUUUCGGUGAAAGAGCCAUGGGUAGGAGUUUGUUAACAAAUCUCAACGAUGAGCAAUGGCAACAUAGGCGAUCCCUCAUGAACCCGGCAUUCCAUCGAUUAUACUUACGAAACCUCAUGUGUCAUUUUAACUCGAGCACCGACAUAUUUCUUGCUAAGCUACGUAAUGUGGCUGAGAAUGGGAUGUAUGUAAAAAUGGCAGAUGAAUUCUCGUUGGUCACAUUGGAUGUAAUCUGCAAGGCGGGUUUUGGGAUAGAUCUUGACGUAAUAAUUGAUCCGCAAAGUCCUUUUAUUCAAUCUUAUAACAUGAUUCUUAAGGGUGUCGAGGAAGCUUUCGUAAAUCCGUUACAUAAAUGGGAUUUUACAUCAUAUCCUCGACAGAGAGAAGUUAUCAAAGCCCUCCGAUUCCUUAGAAAUACGGGACGUGAUACAAUUCGAAGACGAACGCACACCUUAUCAAAUGAUAGCAAAAAAUUUCAGGACAUAUUGGACCACAUAUUGUCUGACGGUCGUGAUCCAAGGCUUUCCGAGGAAGACCUAAUUGACGACUUCGUUACAUUCUUUUCGUCAGGACAUGAAACAACAUCAUCGACAUUAUCUUUUUGCUUGCUGGAAUUGCUGCAUAAUAAUGACGUCUUCUGUAAUGCGGUGCAAGAAAUCAAAAACGUUCUGGGAGCGCAAAAUGACGUCACUUACGAUGAUUUGCCGAAAUUCAAAUACCUGGAUUAUUGUUUGAAAGAAACGUUGCGCCUGUACCCACCGGCACCAGGUAUCAUAAGAGUAACACCCAACAAUGUUAAACUUAAUAAGUAUGUAAUCCCAAAAGGUACUACGAUUAGCAGUAGUCCAUAUGUAAUGGGACGUCAUCCACAGCAUUGGGCCAACCCUGAAGGUUUUCAACCAGAGCGUUGGCGAUGUACGAAUGACGAGGGUCAAGUAUCCACAGGUGUUUAUUUCCCUUUCUCGUUAGGUCCAAGAAACUGCAUUGGACAGCAGUUUGCAAUGAUUGAAAGUAAAGUCAUCUUGGCUAAAUUUCUUAACACUUUUAAUGUUGAGCUUUGCCGCGGGCAGACGAAACGGAUUCAUGAGCGAGGUAGUUUACAACCACUAGAUGGCGUCAUCUGUAAACUCUCAAUAGCAAACAUUUGACCUACGAGCGAGCUAACAAAGCUUGCUCUUUGUAUAUAAUUGAAUGCAGUAAUGACAUCGUUACUGAUUUGUUUACAAUCUCUAUUAUUUUUUCAUCUCCAGUUACAGACCUCACUAAAGAGUGAGAUUUCAGUGAGCCAGAACUGGUGUUUGGAGGAGGUUGGACGCCGGCGAAUUUGUUAUUUGAAAUAUAUAAAAUGCCAUUUUCUGGCCCUUUUUAAGUCCUACAAAAAGAUAAAGCCUGUAUGCUUUUGAAAUCUGCACAUGAAUAAUUUAACCCAAAUUCUAUUCAUAGAGUACAUAAUUUUUGGAUUAAAUUAAAUUUAGUAUUUGGAAUAAAAUUUAGAUUAGUUCUUUAUCUCGUCAUACUGAUUUAUUAAAAAAAUUCUAUAUCGCA